UGAUCUCUGAACUCGUCUCGGUCCAAAAGCGUGUCCUUCUUUCUCUAUUGCUGGUAUUUCGCGGCGCCUACUCGUCAGCGGCGGGCUGCGGUGAUGAUGCCCUGACUGAUCUCUUCCCACCCUUCCGUGCGAGUGCUUCCAACAGAUCUAUCGAGCCGGCAGUGCUUGCAGCAACACUCGAGAGGGCGGAAAUCCAGUCUGGCCAGCGAGAGGCGAUUGACUGGCUCACAGCGGCCGCCCGCGGCAACGUCUCGCGCCCACUGCACGCUACGUCUUUUGCGGCCUUUCUCACUCAUGUUCUCGCUUCCAACACUGUCAUGACGCCACACAGGGAUGAACUGCCGCUGUCAAUGAAGGCGAUAGACCUCAUCAAGGCGCAUCUGCCACUGCGUGACCUCCUGACAUCUGAAUCAUCCUCAAUAUUGUUCAGGUGACACAGAACGACAACAUACAGGAGCGUCAGACGGUCUUGCUCCUUUUUCUCUCUGUUUCCUGUUGCUGGGUUGCAGCAUGCUGGUGCACUUACGUUCUGCGGUUGAUGCGGCCGGCCUGGAGAAGGGAGAUGCGUCGUGUCAGCCGAUGGGCAAUUCUAGUUGGUCGUUUCCGUUUGACGCAUUAGCAGGGCGGUGGAAGAAGAGGAAGUUCUUUUCCAUCAAGGAGCAUGGCUUCGAGGAGGCCAAGCAGAUGGCCAUCGCUCCCAGGCGGGAGAUGGAGAGGCUGCACUACCUGCAUGUCGGCAAGGGGGCAGAUUGAGAGCAGCCCGAUGAGAUGGCCGUAGAUGAUAGCGAGGAGGAAGAGGAGGAGGAGUGAGUGAGUGAGAGAGUGAGUGAGUGAGCCCAUGUUGAUAGAUUGUACAGACGCUCGCUAUGAAGAG